AUGACCGUGUUGGGUGGCGCCGCUCUCCCCCCGUUCGUAAGGAUCGGAAAGCUAGUAUCCUUAGACACAAAGACUACCUAUGCCAAGCCAGACUACGACGAAGCGAAACUUCUGACAUACGUUGUGACAUUCCGCAAUGGCAUCGGAGUGAAGGUUCCUACAGACCUUAAUAUUAACUAUGAUAAGCUGGAAAUAACGCUGACAGAGCCUGAUAAUGGGAAGAACGUCGCGACGAUCCCGGCGUCCCAAAUCAUCCAAGCUAUCCCAUCUCAGAACGUGGCGAGUCAGGUGACAAUACUGGUUGCAAACGUCAAAGGGCGCGAGUCUUACAAGGUCUGGGUCCCUCUCGAUGAGAUCCGUCGCGUCAAUUACAUUCUCCGUGACAUCAACAAGAUGGUGGAGCUCUAUCGCGACCUGUUGGAAGAAAACGCAAAUCCAUUCAUGACAGCGUACUAG